AUGGUCCCGGUAACCGAUACCGAUGAAAGCCAAGAGGAGGACAACCGCUCUCAACAUCACGACGCCAAUAUUGCUGCAGUAGCGAUGACCUCUAAGAAGCAACUGUUCGACACGGCGGCGUCGGACGCUGCAGGCAACACGCCGACGUUCCGGUCGAUCGAAACGGCCGACGAUCGAGCAGAACCAUAG